AAGGUGGGAGCACGGGCCCCGUCUCAGCCGCUUUUCCGUUCCUCCUGCUGCACCCGCGUCAAAAGUCAGACUCAGACCGACGGGGGUCCGUUCAGUCUCGUUUCAGUCAUCCGCACGCACGCGUAGACGCACAUCGCAGAGAAGGCACCGUCGCUACACGCUUGUUUACAUCCUCUUUGUGCCGCCGUCACGCAACCACCUCCCUUCCCGUGCGCAACGCUAACGAUCGCGCUCGUUAUCGGUAGUGAUAUACGCGUGUACGGCCGCAGGUGAAGCGGGAAAUCGAUUCGACUCGCAAGAGCUGCGUGGCCAGCAAAGCGGAAAUAAUGCGCGGAAGUUGUGGGACGAUCCUUGUCCUGUGUACGAUGAUGAAUUGCUUGAGAUUGGCCUCAUCUUCGCUCACUUCGACGAGUGUGAGGCUCGGCGACGAAUGCAACCGAGACUGGGAGUGUGAGGUCGGGAUCGCCAAUAGUCACUGCUACUUGGGUUAUUGCCGCUGUCAGCCUUUCUUCGCUGGUUAUAAUGGAACCCAUUGUCUUGAAUCGACUCUGUUGGGCAACGAUUGUCUCGUGAAGGAACAAUGCUCCUUGAAAGUAGCGAACAGCAGCUGUCUUGAAAAUGUAUGCAGAUGCGAGGAGGGACAUUUGCAAUUUCGCAGGCACACUUGUCUAGGACCGGCCAAACUUGGUGAAGUAUGUUACGAACAUGCCCACUGUCGUCUUUGGGAUCUCGAGUCGCACUGCGAUUUUCUCAUUCCGGAUUUAUUUGGUCGCUGCCAAUGCACUGCUCCGAUGCGCCGCGAGGGUGAUGUAUGUCGCCCUGACAAUCUCGUGAGGCCCGUACCACUUCCGGAGCAUUUGUCUCCUACUCAAGAGUCGAUAAUAAAAGAAAUCACUGAAAGGGAACGUGAUAAGGGAACUGUCACUGAAGGACAAAAGGACGAGAUUGACGGAGAACAUGAUACAGGUGUUCAGAUAUCUUGGUUAAAGAACGCAACGAUACUUCUGUCGACGGAACCUCCCAGUCAAUUAAUACCUGUGAAUUUGGUGACAAGAUCAUCAUUGAACUCAAGACCAGGAUUCAAUAAUCGUCCUGGACCAAACGAACUUCCCGACGAUGACGAUGCUGUUGUUAUCGAAGCGGAAGUUACCGAUCUCUCUCAUGUUACAACAACUUCUGCACCAAUAAAGACGGAUCGCCAUGAGACCACGAUAAUGACGGCUGUUAGCCUAGGAUUACCGUGCAUCGCCGAUUUAGAGUGCCGUAUGGCCGAUCCGAUGUCGCGAUGUAUUGGUGGUGUAUGCGACUGCAGUUUUCCAACAAAUAGCAGUUGUAAUGCGCGGCGGACUGGUUGCGCGCCGGGCACGUUCCAGUGCCGGUCGUCUGGAAGCUGCAUUAGCUGGUUCUUUGUAUGCGACGGCCGUGCUGAUUGUGCUGACGGUUCCGAUGAGGAUUGCACUGGCUUUCGUUGUCCGGUGCAGGCAUUCAGAUGUAACGACAGUAACAUGUGCAUUUCGAGGUCCGGACUAUGUGACGGCAAUCGCGACUGUCCUCGCGGCGAGGAUGAAAUUGGCUGUAAUAAUCGACGAAAAUGUCCCGAAGGUGCUUUCAGAUGCAACAAUGGCCAGUGUCUGCCGGCGUAUGAAUUUUGCAACGCAGUGGUUUCCUGCAGGGAUGGCAGCGAUGAGCCCAGAGAAGCAUGCAGGACACGCAAUCGCGGUCGAAUCACCGCGAGAUAUUGUCCAUUCAGAUGCGAUAAUGGAAGAUGUCGUUCCGAUGCAAUAACUUGCAGCGGCCGGGAUGGAUGUGGUGAUGGUUCCGACGAGAAACACUGCAGCAUUUGCAGAUGUGGCUCAAGGAUCUAAUCACGGUUGACCGCUCUCCUGCUGCAUUGUUCGAUGAAAGAAGACAGAAAUAAAGAGAGAGAGAGAGUGAGAGAGAGGGGGAGGGAGAAAAAGGAAUGGGAGCAAACUAUCAAUGGUUUGCGAAAUAAGUAUCCGAAUUGAAUAUCCGAAUGGAAAUGAAAAUAAGUGUGACCAAAGAUCGUUAACCGUAUUGCGAUGAUUCCAGUUUUCAACAAUCAGCGACUGAAAGGACCGUUUUUACUCGAGCCAGGAAUUUGACUCCAGCAUCCAAAACAAACACAAAUAAAAAGAAUUUAUGUUGUCUCUUGUGCAAGAUCUUGCGUCAAAUCGGACAAGUAAUUGCUAUUGUAUAGCGAGUCGCGCUCUCAGGAGGAAUGAUUGUGCUCGUGUAAUAAUGGGACUUAAUAAUCGCGUAUACGGAUGCCCAAUAGUUUCUUCGAGAGGCCAGAUUUCAAAUUUUGCCCACGGAUCAGAGUAAUAUUUCUAAUAUAAGGCACGUUUCUUAAUUCAUUGAUUGAUUAAUCGAUAAAUUAAAACCUCGCCUAUAUUCUCUAUCCUUUUUAUUUAUUUUUUAUUUUACUCUAUCGUGGCGACGGAGAGAUGGAAGCGUUUUAGCUCGCGAGUCGGAACUGGUCUAGUCUAGCAAUGAAAUAGUACAUUAUGCAACAUGGGGCCAAGCUUUACUGUUCUUGACUGAGGACGAUGUUUUGAGUACGAGGCGUAGCGGAGCGCGCAAAGCGCGUGAAGCGCAACCAAGUGCCGGAAACAGCGUCCGAAGUCGAGAACGCGCUCGGCACUAUACGGUAUUUUAUACAAAGAAAGUACGUUUCUUGCAACAUUUGAGGAAAGAUAAGCGCGUGACGUUUUUCUGUCACUGCUUGUUUCGCUUAUAGGUUAUGAAAGAUCAGUAUAGUACCUUCGCUCAUGCAUUCGAUCCUACGCUCAGCUCAUGCGCCACUAAACGUUCACAGUUUCUUGACAAAAAUGCGCAUGCGAACCGUACGAGAAUAUUGAUUUUGCCGUCCACGGACGGCAAUAUCCCCCACCCCAAAGAUUGCUCAUUUACGGCCAUGUUACCAACUAUCUCAGAAUGUCGUGAAAAACUUUCUUUGCAUAAAAAAGUUUGUGAAUUAUUAUAAAAUCCUACUAUAGUUUAAAUUUUAUAACUUUGAAUAUGGUCGCGGGCUAGACAUUGGGCAUCCAUGGCGUCUAGUAAUACCGUAAGACGAAUAUAGUUUGCAUUAAGAGAUAAUUGGAUUAUCUCGACUGUCAAAACGAGUACUCAAGACUUGUCUUUGAAAUAUUUGAUAAUAGGCAAAAUAUUGUAUAUACGAUCUUCUUAUAUAUAUUUUAAUAAAUAAAAUUAAGGGAAUAUUCUCGUCUUCAAAACCAUUUUUGUAUCUUUUUAAGAAUUUUUUUAGAAAAAAUAUAAAAACUAUAAAAUUGAAAAUAGAUAUAUUUAGUUUUAAACAACAUAUAUGUUUAAUAUUUAAACAUUUUUAAUAAUUUUUUUCAAACAUUAGAAAAUAUUUUGGAAAAUAUUAUUUGCAAUCUGUGAGGGUAUAAAAAAAAUAACGGUUUACUGUGCCCUGAAUUAAGAUGCUGAAAUUAUCUAAAACAAAAAAUUCGAAGACUCUUCAAGCCAAGCGUAGGUAUCGUUUAAUCUAUAAUUAACUUAAAAAAUUGAUUUUUCAAAAAUGGCAGAUAAAGAAAUUGAUCUUUUUAUGGUUUCUUCAAGAUUCUUUUUUAAUAGAAAACUCGAAAGGUUUUUGAUUUGAAUGUUCAGAUGAGAGAGAGAGAGAGAGAGAGAGAGAGAAAAAGAGAGAGAAAGGGAGGGAGAGAGAGGGAGGGAGAAAAAUGUUGCAAAUUUGUUAAAAUUUUGUUUAAAAAAUGCAUUAAAAAUUUUGCAAACCAUUUAUAAGUUACUAAGCGCAAUUCCAACUCUUUUACGUUCAAACUAUUAAAAAAUGUCAAACAAAUAAUCAAUUUUUUGGAAAAAAGCGAAAAUACUUCCUUAAAAAUAUGAUUUAAAAUUUAGACUCUAGGUUAGGAUUAAUAUUAUUAUUUUGUUUUAGAUAGAUUCUAAAUUGGCUAAACUGUACUAAGAUAAAUCCUGAGUACUCCCCUGAAAAAAAAUUGAUAAAGUGUUUCAACAAACUCAUACUACUAUGAGUGAACUGAUAAAAUAUUAUCAGUUACCAUAAUAAUAUAAUAAUCAGUUUAUUUAAACACUUUCGUAAGGGUUAUUUCUCAUAUGUCUAAUAAAAAUAAAUAUAAUAACUUUGAAACAUUAAA